CGCAGGUUCUCUGGUUCGCUGAGAGGAGAAGAGGCAGACAGAAGUGAAACUGUGCUACACUGCAACAGUUUGAAUGAUUUUCAUCAGUGCAUCUGAAUAAGUGAUGGGGGACCAGAGCGGUGUUCACAACCAGACAGGUCAGUGCGUUCCACUGCAAACUCCUGUCGUCGGGACUCUGAAGCUGGUGUCCGGUAAUGGGACGAGCGUGGGCACCGUGAUGAGCCUCCAGUGCCCGUCCAGACACCGUGUGGUCAGUGGCAGUCAGAUGUCCUGCGUGUGGAGCAGUAAUAAGACACACUGGAGUGGCGGGACACCAGAGUGUAAACCUUUGUCACGAUUCGACGAUGCCGGCUUUCGUUUAGCUCUUCUCAUGUCCUUCAUCAGCUCAGCCAUCAUUCUCGUCAUGAGUAUCAUCUUCAUCACUUCCUGUCUCGUGAGACAUGUGAAACGAGAGGAGAGGAGAAAGAUGGAGAGGGCGAGAAAAACUGGAGCGUCAGAGUUUUGGCAACAAAUUGACGUCGAGGGUGUGGAGAUGCAGAGAGAAGGGUUACACAGCCAGAAAUCCACAAACAGCAACAAAAACAACAACAACAACAACAAUAACAGCAGCGGAGAGAGACGACAACACACAGACAAGCACAUCUACAGCUACGCUGACCUCCACACUCCCUGCAGGUGUCUUCAGCAAGGGAAGCCCUGUCCUCAGAGCAUCCAUCCUUCCCAGUUCUCUCUGAUACUCGCUCCACCCACCGACUACCUUAUAAACACACACAUGGGCCCCGUGGACACACGCCAUGCGUUCCCUCUCCCUUGUGACAGUGCGGGGGACAGACACUUCUGCAGGACGCUUCAAGAUCCUCUCUGGAAUGCACAGCACCUGUUUAGUCCACAUCGACCACCUCUCCAGAUGAUGUCCAUAUGAGGAUGUGCAUAUAGUGCUGAAGACUGUGGAGGAUUUUGUGUAAUAAUGAUGCAAACUGGGACUAGUCAUGAGACAAGACCUCAACUGACAGCUGGAUCUUUCUUCAAGUGUUCUUUUGUUAUGUUUUUGGAUAACUGCGUGUGAUUCAAACGGUUGGCCACAACAUCAGUAUUUAGCUUAAUAAAACUGUAUAGUAAACUAAUAUAAUUAUAAAAUGACACCAUGACCUGCAACAUUACUGGAUGUUGAAAUAGACCUGAUUCCUGUGACAUUAUGAAUGUAGACUCCACAGGGCUCAUAUGAGUUAAUAAUCCAAAGGCACUCCUGACAGAUUCACUGUCUUGAAGGAUGCUAAUGCUCAACAUACUGUCCUGACACUGUCCAGAAGAAGACUUUAUGAAUGUGCCACAAUGAUUUUCUGUUAAUAUAAAAACUGUUUAUUUAAAAUAUUCCAAAUAAUCAACCAACACAGAAUUCUCUCAUUUACUCGUUCGUUAUAGAUGCUUUAUGGAUGCACACUUGAAAUAAUCAUUAUAUUCUUAUGGAAAUAACGUCUCAACUGUGUAAAAACCAUAGCAAGCUUCAAAAUGUGUACAUUUCAGCUCAUUAUUCCAUUGGGAGUGUGAUGUGAUGAUAAUGGACGGUAAUAAUCACCAUACUGAUGAACCAUGUACUUGAAACAAUAUGACAUGUCCAGAUGGUCACACCAUGAUCAUUUUUUGUUUGUUUGUUUUUUGUUUUUUUCAAGUGUUGGUGCCUCUGUAUAUAAUGUGUGAAUAAAAACGGAAUACCAUGCUAACAUGA